UAGAAUUUUGUUUGCAUCCACCUGAUCCUCUCAAGUAGGUGGUCUUUUCGCUUGACAACAAAGCCACAACAGCUGCUACAACAAUAAUUCCAUUAUCAAAGAACAAGUUGUACAUCAUUGCAAGCGUAUUGGCAAAGCAACCAUGAGCUCGAUGCUUCGUAGUGCGUCGCUAAAGGCAAAGACCUUUGUGGAGAGUGGUGCCAGGAAGUUGGGUGGAAGAGCAGCACGACGCCACCACUUUGGCAAGUCUUCUCAGAGUGCGAGUCAAAUUCGUUUUGUCAACACGGAUAGCGAUGGUUCGGGAACGGCUGGACUGCGGCACGAUUUGCGGCGUCAAGCCAUUCCCUUACCAGCAGUUGCUUAUGACUACUCCUACGACGACGAAGAUGAUAACGGUGAUCAUUGGGGAGGAGAAAGCGAUGAGAACAGCAACGAUUCGAUGUCAACAACUUCGAGUCAUUAUCCUGGCAAUGCAGCUGCAGGUGACGUCAGUCAUGAUGUCUUUGGAGUUGCUGGACGAAACCCUCCUUCAGGGACCAACAACAAACCCUAUCCGCCGCCAUCUUCCGUGGAUAGGAAUGGCAAGCCGAUAACAUCGACGCGAAAGUCUGGGGGAGGUGGAGGCGGAAGACAUCGCUGCCCAAAAUGUGGCACGUAUACCAUCUUUUCUCACAAUGAAUUUGGAAAUUCCUUCUACUGUGCCACUUGUUCGGGGUGGUUCACGGCUGCGGAAACACUAGAAGGAGACGAUGGAAUGAUAAAGUCUCCUGAUAAUCCUCGAACUUAUGUCGGCCGCCAACGUCAAAUGCCUCCAAAUGUGGGAGUUCCUGGUGAUGCCGAUCACGAUGACGAAGCCGUGGCUGCGGCUGCUGGAGGCGGCGAAAGUCUCAAUCAACAAGUCAAACGAAUGCCCACACCAAAAGAAGUUAUGAAGGGUCUCAAUGAAUUUGUGAUUGGACAGAAAAAGGUUAAAAUUGCUCUCAGUGUGGGAGUCUACAACCAUUACAAGAGAAUCUUUGUUGCUGAAGCAAAUGCUGCCGCAGAGUCGCGUCGAAUGGCCACCCAAGAGGGAGCCGACACGUCCUUUCUUCCCUUGGGAGGUGAUGGAUCCAGUUUGCAGGACCUCAAUCUUGGACAGUACGGCUCGGCCCCCGUCAAGGACGGUAGGAACAAUACCACCGAGGAGGACUCAGGAUACUGCGAGACACCCGAUAUCAACGGCAGCAACGAAGAACGCGACAACAAUAGCAUAUCGAGUGAAGACUUUGGAAGAGAGGUCGAAGAUUGUGAAAUUGAAAAGAGCAAUAUUCUUUUGCUGGGGCCGACUGGGUCUGGCAAGACUCUUCUAGUCAAGACGCUUGCUCGAUUAAUUGAUGUGCCUCUCGUGAUUGCAGAUGCUACCUGUUUGACUCAAGCAGGAUAUGUGGGGGAAGAUGUCGAAUCAGUUUUGCUAUCGCUAUACAUGGAAAGUGGCCAAGAUAUCGAACGUUGCCAGCGGGGAAUCGUCUACAUUGACGAAGCUGACAAAAUCAGCAAAUCUGGAGAGAACGUGAGCAUCAGCCGAGACGUUUCGGGUGAGGGUGUCCAGCAUGCUCUCUUGAAGAUUGUGGAAGGAAAUGUCAUCAACGUGCCAAAGGAACCAGGCCGUAAGAAUCCCCGCGGUGAAUUUUUGCAAAUCGACACGAGCAACAUUCUCUUUAUCUGCGGGGGAGCUUUCUCCGGGCUGGAACGUAUCAUCAACCGUCGCAUGGAUGCAGCAUCAAUUGGUUUCGGCGCCCAGAUGAAGAAACGCGUCGAUGAUCCCAAGGUGCAAGGGAGAUACUUCGACAAUGCCAUUCCAAAGGAUCUCGUGGAAUAUGGAAUGAUCCCUGAAUUCGUGGGACGUUUCCCAGUGAUUGUCUCUACGAAAGGGCUGGAUAUUGAGGAUCUGGUCGAUAUUUUGACGGUUCCCAAAAAUUCCAUUAUGAAACAGUACAGACGGCUCUUUGCUAUGGACGAUGUCAACUUCCAUGUCACGAAAGAUGGCUUGGAAGAAAUUGCCAAGACGGCCUUUUCAAGGGGUACUGGAGCUCGUGGUUUGCGCUCCAUCACCGACAAUGUUCUCAUGGAGACUCAGUUUGUGGUACCCUCGCUGCCGGAUGUCCACACUGUUUACGUGGAUGCAGAGGCUGUCCGAGGCGAAAGAAACCCUGUGCUCCUCAAACACCCUGACAUGACGGUGGACAGGUUUGAAGAAAUCACAAAAGACGGCGUGGAUGCGGGGGACGUGGAUGGAACCUCCUGUGUGUCUGUGGAGGACGACGAUGACGAGAUGGUCGCCUAGCUGGUGGCUAGCUAGCUAGGUCUCAAGCACUGGCCCAGACGGGGUUUCUUGGUGGACUGCCUACCGGUAAGGUAGUGUUUCACCGUUUUAGUUUUGCUUUCAUAGCGCGCUUAGAUUUUAUAAAUAACAAAGGCUACAAAUAUU